UCCCCCUUUAUAUACAUAUGUACUACUCAAUUAUGUGAUAAAAUAAAGUAAUAAGCUGGCAUGACGCAUUUUACCUUAUCGUAUGAAGGUUGUAAGACUUGGGCUUAGAUUCACAGUUUGCGAUUACGUUCUUAUGACUCAAAAUUCAAUUGAGCCUUCAGAUUUCGACAAAACUCAUAAAUUAUCUGGGAAAAUCGUCAAAAUUUUUGGUAACCAACCGGAAGCAGUCAUCCAACCCCAACUGUCAUCUCUCUCACCCUCCCUCAUCAUCGCAAGGCACCCCAAAUGGAGCCAUGUGAUCCUGGUCCAGAACGAGCCAUGCGGCAGUAUCUAACCCGACUGCUGGAGACCGGCACCUCCCGUUCCACGGGCUGUCUGGACCGCUUCGUGCAGAAGGGCAUGAGCAAUUUUCCACCGCAAUCAUCAGCCCUCGAAGGCAAGACGUCCCGUUGUUCGCUCUUCGAGCAGCUCCUGUCCGGCGAAAGCCGCAAAUCGGAGCGUUUACUUGUGCCCGACCUGGCCACCGAGUGGUUCCGCAAGCAGAAGGUAUUUCUGGACAAGCUCAGCCCCGAGGAGCUGGCCGCCCUUAGCGAUGGAUUGGCGGUCAGGGACAGCAAGAAGACACAACCAGUCAGCAAGUCCGGAGCAGUGGCUCCAAUAGCUAGCCAAAUGAAGGAUGCAGAGGAGUCUGAAGGCAAGGUGGCAACAUGCAUUCCCACCACGGAGCCACGAGAUGGUAAUGGUAACCCCUUCCUCCUCGGCAAUGCCCAAGCGCAGGAAGUGCACAGCAAGGGAGCCAAGCGAAGGAGAUUCCACUGGGAGAGGGCUGGCCAUCGUUGUCCAGUGCGCAGAGGCAGCUGCUCCUGCCUGAAGCGACGGGCAGGCGCAUCCUGUGACUGCCUCUUCCAGGCCGAUGGACAGCCCAUGGCCAGCGAUUGCUUGGAGGCGGCACUCCGGACGGAGCCGCUGUUGCCGUGCCUGCGUCGCAAGUUCGACUUGCGCCAGGCGCCACAACGGCGUCUCGAUCCGGCGCGCUUCCGUCGCAUUUCGCCGGAGUUCUAUCGCAUUCUGGCCAGCUACGAGGCGGCCAUGAGCGAGAGCUGUCCGCUUUACGGCAUCUCCAUGCAUCACUGGGGCGACACCGAACCAUGUUGUCCGUGCGGCGAGCGCCAUACGAAUGCGAAGCAGCGAUUUCUGGGCGACGAUUCGGUGGCCACAUCGGUGUUGGCUCCUUCUUGGCCACCACUGGAAUCCCGACCAAUGGAGGACAACAAACAGCCCGCCAAGAAGCAGGCUGAGAGGAAGGGCUCCAAAUCUUUGAAGGAGAAAUCAGAGAAGUUAAAGAAGUGCUGCUGCACAAAUGACACCUGCCCCAAUGAGUGUUGCGCGGUAACUAAGGGAACUGGAAAGAAGCAAAUGGACGAUUCCUCCACAUCUGAGGAUGAGCGAGAAGAGCAAUGGCGUAGAAAGCAGGUGGACAAGCAGGUGGAGAAAGCGGAUGACCAGAGGGUCAGGCAGGUGGACAAGCAGCCGCACAAAGCGGAUGGCCAGAGGGUCAGGCAGGUGGACAGCGGACAGACUGCCCAAUCGUUGAGUCCCUCCGAGAAUCGUCACCCUGAAAGGUGGCAGGGGCGCAGGAGCGAAAACCAACAGGAGCGGCAGCAAGCGAAUCCCGAGAGGCGGCGGAGAUUCCCCUACUGCUUCCACCGGCAAUCGCAGUCAUACAGAGCUGCCUAUGCUCCCUCGCACUUUUCGCCGCUGUCUUCCUAUCCAUCGGAUUUGCCGGCACCUACUAAUCCAUCUGCGUCUGCACCUACAUCCUUACCAGCUUCUUCGACUGCAUCCACGCCUGCUUCGUCAUCGAGCUCACCCGAAAUGCCCAGGGAAUGCCAGUGCCGACACCAGCCGAGGGGCAUCCUCAGCGGAUUCACUGGCAUCUGCAAGCGUUGCAUCGAACCAGGUCGCCAUUUGCUCUACAAUUUGAAUGCAAACUACCAACAAAACCGCGAGCGCUACGGACAGAUGCGUCAGAACAAGAAAAGGCCAUUCCACAUAGCCUCACAGCCGGCACCCUGCAGCUGGCAGAAGUCUAAGGGGUACUCCUGCAAUGAAAGGAUCGAGCAGGGCGACAGCAGCAUCACACUGAGACCCCAAUCCUUGGCCGAAACCCGCUUCCAGAACUGUCAUCCGGACAGCGAAGUUAUGCGUGGACAAGCCAACAGCGAACAGUCCUUGCCAUUUCGCACACCCGCCAGCGAACGCACCUUGGCGGGUUGGGAUCCAGUCCAGCAGGAGCAACCUCACUUGGAGGUGGCGCAAUGCCAACCCGACUGCAAAUGCGCAUUGCCGCAGCAAUCCUUCCAACUGCCGCCGGUCAGUAAUUGCACCUUCGCCCUGGCCGAAGCCCAACAAGAGGUGCUCCAAAGUGUCAAGGUGGCACGAAAGUCGAGCAGUGAGCUGGAUUACUUGAAGUGCGGACAUCGAGUUAGAGCCUGCUACUUGGCCAAUGACUUUCACCAGCUGAUGAAGCGCGUGGCGCGGAAGAGACCCAGAGCCAAGUCGUCGAGUCCACCAUCUACAGCUAAAGCAGCAAUACGACAGCAAUCCACUGAAGCUUCAGGUGCAUCUUCAUCGGAACGGUCCAAGAUCCAAGCCAAAUCCCAUGCGAAACCCAUAAUUACGCCGCGAUCUAAGCCAAGAAUAUUAGGUGCUUUGUUGCCAGAAGAAUUCACAGCCAAGAGAUUAAGCAUCACCAAUUCGGCCACAGUGAAGCUUCGCAGUCUGCGGAAGGUCAAGAAAAAGAAGCAGGAUCGUGAGCCCAAGAAGGAAAACUACAGUAUGUGUCGGGUGGAAGGCGAUGUUCAAGAUCAGAAGCUACCAAGUAGCAGCCAAGUGGGAUAUUCCUCAAAGAGCUCAUCCAAGGCAUCAUCCCGAGGCACAUCUCCGAAGAGUCAACGAGCAGCGAAGUCCUCAAAUCGCAGUGCAAGCAAAGAGCGAAGUCAGAAGAGACCUUCCUCCUGCAGUUCCUCCUCACGCUCCUCGCAACGAGAGCGCUCCUCCAGCGGCCAACGGUGGGCUGCACAACAUGGAGUUCCCGAUACUCCUAGCACUUCGGAUGCUUCCUACUGGACACAGAAAAGAAGUCGAGAGCCAGCCAAGCAGAGCGAACAAAGGCAGAGAUUUCAAUCCAACUCCACAUAUCCCUCCCACUCCGAUGUCUACUCCAGUCAGUACUCGAGAGUACAAUCACCAUACCGAAGUUCAGCACUGAAGUCGUCCACCAGGAAGGCGGCAAUUCAAUACCAGGCAUCGCUUCCCAGCACUGCACCUCGGCACUUGGAGACGGGUCGCAGAUACUACACGGACACGCAGCCGGGUGGCGGCGAGGUGGCGGGAGGCGCCAGGUGUAGCUGUCGCUCCCUGCGCUCCACCACCUCCAUCCGGGCGCUCAGCUCCAACACGGACAGUGUCCGGUGUCCCUGUGCGCCCGCUCCCUCGGUGGCCAGUGUGGAUCCAGCACAAGAGGUGCAGGUCCAUGUGGCAGGGGAGCAGCAGGAUGAGCACAGCUGUUGCUGCAGAUACCACACUCCUCCGCUAGAUGCAGCAUAUCUUCAGCCCAGUUCCACUCCCACUCCACCGCCAUGUGCCUGCAGACGCCACAAGGCAAUGUUGUUCAGUGACGCCAUGAGGUGGCAGCCACAGCAGCAUCACCACGCUCGCACGCUACUGCGCACCCAGCGUCCACCGCCACCGCCAUCGCCAUCGCCUCCUCCUGCGCCAGCGCUCCUGAAACACCAACAUUUGCUCAUGUUUCCACAGUACCCACAGUACCAUGUGGAAAACGCAGCCGUUGAGCGAACCCCCGAAUGGCUUCCGGAGUACCAAGCACCUGGUCACUAUCCAAGCAAUGCUAGCCAGCGGUGGGAGGACUCGCCCUAUUGCACGCAGAACAACUACCUCAUGCCGGACAGCCCAAGGAACAACUCCUACGCUGGUCAGUCCACAUAUCAAGAAAGUCUGGGCGGGAAUCGCGCUGGAGCCAUAAGAGCCGCUGCUCAGGGUCUUAGAGGUGUGGUCCAGGCUCUGGGCGGAACUCGGUCCAGAUCGAGACACAAUCCGCAACUGGAUUGCCACCAGCAAAGUGGCUACAGCCAGGAACAGAAUCCAAUCAACUUGGAACCUGGGCCAUAUCAAAACCAGGUGAGGGUGCUGCAUUCAAACGCUGUCUCCCAUCUCCAAGCACAAGCGGCGAACAACCACAUGGAUGAUGAAGCUUCCCUUUACACGAGACCAUCCACAUCGACCCACUACGAGAACUAUCCGCUGAGGAAUGAAAUCCCCAGCAGCUGCAAUGCAAGGAGGAGUAUGGAAAGGGACCAAUCGACGUUUAGGAUGGAAGGUGGUAGACGGCAAGCCGCAGGAUGUAGCAGUUUAUCCGACAAACCCCAAAAACUGUCCCAUCCCACGCCACUUGCCAUGUUCUUUGAGAGCUUGAGAGCCAAACACGCUGCUUCUGCAAUUCCCACGACUAAACAGAGCCUAGUCAAUGAUUGCUCCGAUUCAAUGCCAUCCUCCUCCAGUGACGAUGAGGCGGACGCAGAUGACAGCUUGGACUGGCGGCACAGGCACAGGCAACUGCGCAGUCCCUCGCAGGAUACCAUGGUCAUCCCACCCACCUACACAGGUCUGCUCGAGGAGCAAGUGCUCGGCGAGUAUCUGCCCAGUCCGCGGUGCAAGCGCAGGACAUAACUAAACACAAACUGAAUGUCCCGGAUUUGCAGGCAUCUGUGCAUCUGUAUAAACUA